AGUUUGUAGAUACCUCAAUUACAACAAUAAUAAAAGGAGAGAAAAGGAGAAGAAAGAAAGAGAAGGAAAGCAAAGGGGGCUCACUCUCUACUUCAAGUCAUUGAAUUAAGUCCUUUCCUUUUCUUUUUAUCUUCCAAUCCUCCUCCUUUUUUAGUUGAAAAAUACAAACUUAUAUUCAUCCCAUGAUUUCAUCCUUCUCUUUUGUCUUCUAUGUUGGCAUCAUCAGAUCCAUUUUCACUUUCUUUACUCUAUAAAUCUUCAUCAUACCCUAAAUUUUCCCCUCACUUUCCCUUUAAACUUAAUUCUCCACAUAACCAAACAAUAUGGGAACUGGAUGGAGAAAAGCCUUCUGUUCUACCAUCCCAAAAGAGAGGGAAAAAGAAAGACCUACGCACCGCCACCAUAACCACCACCACCAAUCACCACAAACGGUUGAUGUACACCCAAUUCCCACUCCUACACCUAAACAUUCCUCUAAAUUAAGCUUAUUUUCUAGCAUUAGUAACCCUUCUACCCCACGUUUACGUGUUCGAACCACCUCAGAUUCAGACAACAGCUCCAGCUCUAACCCGAACACAAACCCGAGCCCGAAACUUCAAUGUAAGUUGGGUUCUAACCCAACUUCUCCUCGUUCUCCUUUUGCCAUUUUAAAGAAUACACUUCGUCUUACUAAGAAUGGAUGUGGAAUAUGUAUGCAAAGUGUAAAAACAGGUCAAGGAAUGGCAAUAUUCACAGCAGAAUGCUCACACACAUUUCAUUUCCCAUGUAUAUCAUCCCAUGUCAGAAAACAAGGCAAUUUGAUCUGUCCAGUCUGUAAUAUCACAUGGAAAGAUGUUCCUCUUCUCUCUUUCCAUAAAAAUAACAACCCAUCUGCAUCUGAUGAAAUCAUUGAUAAGAAAACAAUCACAACCACAAGUACCGCCACAAAAUCCGCCGCCAUAGCUGUCAGUGCACCAGCUACACCUACCGGUAGUGCUCGUAUUCUUUUUGAAGAUAAACGGAUCAUCCAAGCGCAUAAGAAAUCUAAAGAGAAGAACUAUAAUGAUGAUGAACCGCUUUUAUCGCCGAGGUUUAAUCCCAUCCCGGAAGCUGAAGAAACGGAAGAUUCUGAAGAAUUUCAAGGAUUUUUUGUUAAUCCUAAGAAACCUACCAAAGUUAAGUCAAUCGAUCCGUAUAACUCCAUUGAUAAGAAAUCAGAGAGAAGCGUGGAAGUGAAAUUACUACCUGAAGCCGCGGUUGUUUCCGGUAGUCGAUCUCAUGAGACGUAUGCGGUGGCGUUACGAGUCAAAGCGCCGCCUACUACGGCGGAGAUUUUAUCUCCGACGAAUCGUGCGCCGAUUGAUCUGGUGACGGUUCUUGAUAUAAGUGGAAGUAUGAUUGGUCCUAAGCUUCAAAUGCUUAAGCGAGCUAUGAGGCUUGUGAUUUCUUCCUUAAGUUCAUCUGAUCGUCUCUCCAUUGUUGCAUUUUCUUCAACUCCUCAAAGAUUAAUGCCUCUUCGUCGAAUGACAUCUCAAGGUCAGAAAUCUGCUCGAAAAAUCGUUGAUCAUCUUUUUUGUGGACAAGGAACUUCUGUUGGAGAAGCAUUGAAAAAGGCUGGAAAAGUUCUAGAAGAUCGCAGGGAAAAAAAUCCGGUUUGUAGCAUUAUAUUAUUAUCCGACGGUCAAGAUGAUCCUUCAGCGUCAAAUCAACGGCGGGGAAGCUCUAAUGUAUCGUCGACCCGGUUUGCCCAUAUUGAGAUCCCGGUUCACAAUUCCGGGUUCGGGUUUAGACCCCAAGACUCAGAUCAAGAUGCUUUUGCGAAAUGUGUUGGUGGGUUAUUGAGUGUUGUUGUUCAAGAUUUACGGGUUCAACUCGGAUUCUCUUCCGGGUCGGCUCCGGCUGAGAUAAUGGCGGUUUAUUCUUGUAACGGUCGACCGAGUUUAAUGAGUCCUGACUCGGCUCGGCUUGGGGAUUUAUACGCUGAAGAAGAAAGAGAAAUUUUGAUAGAAUUGAAAGUACCCAUGUCAGCUAUUGGGUCCCACCAUGUGAUGUCUGUUCGUUGCAGUUAUAAAGAUCCAGUGACUCAAGAAGUUAUGUAUGGACGUGAGCGGGCCCUACUAGUUCCUCGGCCCCACGCUGUAAGAUCUUCGGAACCGAGAAUUGAACGGCUCCGAAAUCUUUUUAUCUACACUCGAGCCGUAGCUGAGUCUAGACGGCUCGUGGAGCAUUGUGAUUUUAGUAGCGCUUAUCAUUUACUUAAUUCAGCUCGAGCUUUAGUGUUGCAGUCCACGGCUAGCGGCUUGGCUUCAGCCGAGGAAUUUGCGCGCGGGUUAGAAGCUGAGCUGGCGCAUGUUCAUUGGAGGAGAAAUUAUCAUAUGCAAAAGGAACAACAACAAGAAGCUUCUUCUAUGGUUCAACAUAUGGUUGAUGAGAACGGCGAGCCGCUUACGCCGACUUCGGCUUGGCGUGAAGCCGAGAAGCUGGCUAAAAUGGCUAAAAUUAAAAAGUCUCUGAACCGGUCUGUUAGUGAUUUACAUGGGUUUGAAAAUGCUCGGUUUUAAUUUUUUUUUAAUUAAAUUUAAAAACAUAUACAUGGGGUGACGUGGGCACGUGAUGAGAGAGAGGAAACUGAUAAAAGAGACUAGGAAGUACCCGACGGCGCGGGCCUUUAUUGAGCAGAAAGUGGAGAGAGAAAGAAAAGAAGGCCCACUAAGAAUGAUGGAUGUGAAAUGGAUUAUGGGCCUAUUUGGAGGGUCCAUUUCAAUAUAUUGUCUCAUUUGUUUUUCUAUAUUUUGUUUUUGGAAUUUGUAAGGUUUAGAAAACAAAAGAGGGAAAUCCAAUUUAAUGACUAAUGAUUUUUACUCAUUGAAAAAGGAUAGUUGUAAUUUGUAAAUGUAAUGAUGAAAAUCUUUACUAGUAUUCUACUUUUGAUGAAAUUAAUACAAAGCUAGGUCAUGAUUACACCUAUCUCAA